AUAUGUAUAUAUAUAUAAAAUUUAAAUUAAAAAAUAGAAAAUUAUAAUUUGACGUUUCAAAGUAUUUCGUGAAGUUAAAUUGCAUGUCUGACUACUGUUUAAGUCUUUCCAUUGUUAACUGACAAUUUAUCGUACUAAUAUUAACAUGUAUAUACAGAAAAUGCUAAUGUUCCAAAUUUAUGUUCUUUGUUGAAGAGUGAGAGAAAGAGAGAGAGAGAGAGAGAGAGAGAGAGAGAGAGAGAGAGAGAGAGAGAGAGAGAGAGAGAGAGAGAGAAAGAGAAAGAGCGUCAUACACACAUAUAUACAACGAAUGUUAAUCAAAUUUAUAUUUCAAUUUCACAUAACGUCUUUGCUUACGUAACGAAUACAUUAAUUGAAACGCCUACGAUUGCCAAGAAAGGUCUCAUUUUGAAGGCAAACAUUCAGUUUCGGAUUCAAAAAGACGAAACGAAGAGGAGAAAGGAAGAAACGAGUAGGUGGAGGUAAAGCCAAAAAUAACUUCCUUUCUUUCUAUGGAUAUUCCCCUAGUUUUUCUUUCUUUUUCUUUUUCUUUUUUUCUUUUUUUUUUUUUAUGUAUACAUAUACGGGCGUAUUCGAGCAUAGAAAAUCGUCGAAUUGUCAUUCAUGCGUAUCGAGUUCGUGUAAGACUCUAAAGUCGAAAAAAAACCGAUGCGCGUUAAUGAGUAUGCGAAAGUGGUGAAAAGAGAAACGAUCGCAUUGGUAUAGACGUUUCUUUUUUUUUCUCUCUCUCCUUUUUUUAUGCUCUUUUCUUUUUCUUCUUUUUUUUUUUUUUUCAAAUGCUUUUCAAAUCUUGUUAAAUAGAUAAAUAUGUUUAUUUAUAAUCGACAAUGAUUUUGUACAAUGACGGAGAAAAUUAUGCAUUAUAAAUUAAUAAGAAUGAGGUAAGGAGUGAGUAUUCAUAAGUUCGGACUUAAAGAUCGAUUAAUUUCAAUAGACGACACGAAUGUUCCCCAUUCAAGAAAAUGCAGAUAUGUCCAAUGAGCCUGAAACAGUAUCUCCGUUUGUCUUUUCAAUUUCUAAUGGACUUCCAUGCUAUAAUAUAUAGUCUUUAAUAAUAUCGAAUUUAUAAAAUAACAGUGUUUUGAUGUUCGGUAAAAUUCCAAAAAAUUCAUUUAAUAAGAUCGAACGGAAAGAUGGAAGAAGGAAAAAAGAAAAGACGAAGAAAAAGAAAACAUAUUUAAAAAUACUCAUCCGUUAACAAUUUUAUUUAUAUUCGAUUAUUAUUUUUUUAAUCGAUAAAACGUCAUAAUUAACAUACGUUAGAUCGGUUGUAGUGAUUACUAACUGAGAACUGGUAAAAAUAUUUCAAGAAUAAAUAAACGUACGUGAUAGGGUAAAUAAAAAGGAUUCUCCGAUGUGUUUUGCGCCUUCUCUCUCUCUCUCUCUCUGUGUGUGUGUGUGUGUGUAUUUUUGUGUUUGUGGACACGUUAGGGGUGGUGUAUAAAAAGGUUCGAUGAAAGUCACGACAGAUGGCGCGUCGUUCGUUGGGGGUCGAAGAAAUAGUGAUAUAUAGUCGGCGCCGAUUGAACUGGUGAACUCGAGGAUGCAACCCCCGGCUGAGACCUCGGCAUCCCGAGCAACGGCAGUCGCGAGCAGUCGCGAGCUUCGUGCCGAACUGGGGCGAUGCUUGUCACUCGUUUACGCGAUCACGAACGUUCGUCAUUGGUGCUGCCGUCGGUAACGUUAAAACGUUAUUUCUUAAAUCCCUUUAUAUCUUAUAUUCCUUGUCGAACUCCUCGAUAUUAUCUUUUAUCCUUUUUACGACGAUCACGAAAUUUUUUUUAUUCAUCUCGACGCCAUCGUAAUCGGCUCGAAAGCUUCAACGACGCUACGAUACCCAGGUCGACACGUGAGCACGACGACGUUCUACCAACGAGAUGAGAGACCAACCCCUAGGAGCGUCCAGGGGCAACUUCCAACACGACCAACCCCCGCCGGCAAACAAGCUACCUUCCUCGUUCUCUCAUCUCGUCAGUGUCAAGAUCUGACCGUUCGGAGGUGGUGUAAGGAAUGGCCAGCAGUACGGAGGACUACGGCUCGGAAUUGCAGGAGUUGCAGUGGGGUGGUGGUAGCGGUUCUCAUUUUCUACGAAGUAAUUCUCACUUUCUGAGAAGCGGUACCGGAGGUUGUUACGAAGCUGAGGAUCUUGAACCAAAUAGCAGGCACCAUGCCGGUCAACACAGAGGAUAUUAUAGCCCGCCUGGCACCAGUUAUACCAUUGUCGAAAGACCACCCAGUGCUCCUCAUCAUCACUCUUCUCAUACGACACCUUAUAGGCAUCGAACUCAUGCGACUUCCGGUACUGGUGCUAUUUCACCAGAACAAGUACUCAGGUUGUUCGGUAAUGGUGUACCAGCGGAAAGACGUCAAGGUGAACGAAGGACACCUGCCUCGAGUCCAGCCAGCGUGGCCGCCGUGAGAAGUACGAGUUCUUCUCAACAGGGUCAACAACAGUCUCAACAACAAUCUCAACAACAACAACAACAACAACAGCAACAACAGCAACAGCAGCAACAGCAGCAACAACAGCAACAACAACAGCAGCAACAGCAACAACAACAGCAACAGCAAGGACAACAAGUUGUAGGCUCGAAUCCGCCAACUUCGCCAGGUUCGCAGCCUUUGAGCCUUCAGGAGCUCACCGUAAGGACAAUAACCAUGACGAGAGAUCCACCGGACUCUCAUCAUGGAUUUGGAAUCUGCGUGAAGGGUGGCAAGGACGCAGGUGAGAUCCGAAGUACCUUCAAGCUACCCCCGUCGCCGUACUUCGUGCCUCGAGAACGAGUCUGCGAAUUGUUCUCAGGGGUGGGUGUCUACAUCUCGAGAGUGGAAGAAGGUUCAGUGGCCGAGCGAGCUGGACUCAGGCCAGGGGACACCAUUUUAGAGGUGAAUGGCACACCCUUCCAUGCGGUGACCCACGAGGAGGCUCUCAAAAUGCUGAAAUCCUGUAGGACUUUGAGUAUGACGGUACGUGGACCGGCAUUAGAUCCCCGUUGCAGAGUUGGUCAUCCUGUUUGGCCAUCUUCGGGUCGUCAACAAUCCUGCAGUUGGAUGGACCGUCAAGGAAGACCAGCUUCUCCGCCACCUUUUUAUUCCUCCCGAGAUUCCCGAUAUGGACCACGAACGCGAAAGGUCGAACUAUGCAUCGAACCAGGCCAAUCUCUUGGUCUUAUGAUCAGAGGUGGUCUCGAAUAUGGCCUUGGAAUAUAUGUCACUGGAGUAGACAAGGAUAGUGUCGCCGAUCGUGCUGGACUUCUGGUCGGAGAUCAGAUUAUAGAGGUCAAUGGACAAAAUUUCGAGGAAGCCACACACGAUGAGGCAGUACAGAUAUUAAAAACAAACAAGAGAAUGAGUUUAUUGAUACGAGACGUAGGAAAGGUACCUCAUUCGUGUACCACCAGCCAACCAAUUGUGAUGCCAACUUCGAGAUAUCCUGAACACGAUCCUCUCAUUCUCGAAAGUCCUGGAAAUCAUCGGCCGCCUAGUCCUGCAAGCAGUACGAACGAAUGGAGACAUCGUGGUGGAAUUCACACGGUUUCUGCGGCUACAGCAGCCAUGGUUGAAGAAAAGGCAAGGGUUGUACUAGCGAGAAGUGAAAGGGCCGAGCUCUCCCAACUUCUCGCCGAUUAUAGAACGCGAAGGCUGACGGUCGAGGAGCUGGUUGCGAAUCUUGCCGAUCUUUUGAAUACCCAUGAAAAAUUGACGCUUCUAACGGAACUCAGAGAACUCGUUGAUAGCAAGGAUAGAGCUGCUUUCGAUAAUUUAGUUUACAGACCACGCAUCGCCAUGGCCAGGAAAAAAGGAGAUUGGAUUCAUUCAGAUCUAAUAGUUAUACCGUCACUCCACGAUCUUCCGAGGGGUGUAACCGGUGGUUGUUGCCGUCCGGGACGACUGGUGGACGUCGAGGGAGAUCCCCUGGGAGUGACAGGACCUCUCCUGCCAAGGGAUAAUCAAGAGUAUAGGUCACCGAGCGAGGACAGCGGUCUCGGGGCUGAUAUCCCCAGGACCAGAGUGACCAGCAGGAGGGCUCAACAACAUCAGGUGACUACCUCCGACCUCGCCCUCUCCAACGACGACGAGUGUGAUAAUCAGGAUUACGAGGACGAUAUAGACAGCGGACGGGGACGAAGACAUAGCUCGCCUGGAGGAUCUCGAGGAAAUACACGAGAUUACGGACAUCAUCAUCUUCAUCCGGAUAAUUUGGAGAGCGACGGAGGAUGCGAUGAUAGCGACGCCGAGAUGAUCGGUAAUGGGAGGCGCGGAGGAGGAGGAGGAGGAGGAGGAGGAGGUGGAGGAAUAGGAGGAGGAGGAGGAGGAGGAGAAAGGGAACGCGAUAUGGAGGAGGAUGAGGAAGAAGGAAGGGAAGAGAGGAGCUCGGAUGGUGGAGGUGGUGGAGGUUUCGGUGGUUGGAGGUCCCACCUACUCGGUGGGCUGACGCAGCGUGUGAAAUCCUGGUACUGGGGCGCCAGGCCCCUCGAACUCGCACACAAGCUCUCACGGAGCUUCGAUAUGCAAGAAGCACAAUUACUCGAUGAAGGUAGUUCGGGUGGAGGUUCUGCUACUGGAAGCGGAGGACCAGGUGGACCACCUAGGAGACAUCACAGUGCUCAGAGAUUAACCAGAAGUGAGAUGUCCGAUAGAAGGGAAGAAGAUGGUGCUUUAGUUGUACCGGAUCAUCAAGGAAAUCUUAGGAUCACCGUAAAGAAAACUAAAUCGAUUUUGGGUAUAGCGAUUGAGGGUGGUGCUAAUACUAAGCAUCCUUUACCGAGGAUCAUUAACAUUCACGAUAACGGAGCUGCUUACGAAGCUGGUGGAUUGGAAGUUGGUCAGCUUAUUCUCGAGGUCGAUGGUCAUAAGGUCGAAGGUCUACAUCAUCAAGAAGUUGCCAGAUUGAUAGCCGAAUCAUUUGCACGUCGUGAUAGAAACGAAAUUGAGUUUCUUGUAGUUGAAGCAAAGAAAAGUAACCUCGAACCAAAACCAACGGCUUUAAUCUUUCUGGAGGCGUAGCAGGAGUCCCCCACCUCCGAGCCGGAACCGCCGUAGUAAGAGGCUCCUCUCAACAAUCUAGAAAAUCGGUCCGUGAGAAAAAGAGAAUCAUGUUCUAACAUGAGAGAAAAUUUAAUCCCGAUGAUCGAUUUAUGAUAGAUUAACAAUCGAUUAUAGUAAAAAAAAAAAAAUGUAAGAACUCAUUCUCGAUUCGCGGCCGAAUUUUCAAAUCGGUCGUUCCUCAACCUGGCCCUGGUGGUGGGACCUUUCAACAUUGAAAUAACGAAAUAAAAGAGACACAUGGAAAUACACACAAAAAGAAGAAAGACGAAAAUAAAAGAAAAAAAAAAAAAAGAAAAAAAAGAAAAAAAAGAAGAAGAAGAAGAAGAAGAAGAAGAAGAGAAAACAUUGGAAGGAGGAAGGUGCGGUGUAUGAAAGGUGGAAAUCUGUGAUCGGCAAAAGUUAAUCGUUCGAAGCCAUUACAAAAAGCAAAAUCAUAAAUAAUGAGAUCGUGUCGCGAUUGUUUGCGAAAGAAGAGGAAUCGAGGGUACAUAGUUGUUACCGGUUACUUUCAGGUCAAAUCGCGAGGCCUCCUUGACCUGCUCCCUAAAAACUGGAAACGUACGAAUCCGGUAACAAAAGUUAUAGUGUUGGUUUCUGAUAAAUUCUAUAGUAUUCCGAUGACGAAUGAAAUACUUGGAUCUACGAUUAAUUAAUCUAUGAAGAAUGAAUCCGCUAAUAAAGUUAUAGUGUUGGUUUCUGAUAAAUUCUAUAGUAUUCCGAUGACGAAUGAAAUAUUUGGAUCUACGAUUAAUUAAUCUAUGAAGAAAUGAAGAAGGUGACUCGUGAAUUGUGCCAAAACUAUUUAGAAAAAAUGGUCUUUCGUUUUAGAGACAUACAUACAUACAUAAAUACAUAUAUAUAUAUAUAUACAUACAUACGUACAUACAUACAUACGUACAUACGUUAUUAUGAGAAUAAUAAAUAUGUCGUUAAUCGUCAAGGGAAGGAGAUCUUUUUGAUCGGUGUUACUUCGUACAAUUAUGAGUAUGAGAUCAAAAUUAAAAAAAGAAUAUGUGAUUUAAUGAGAUUUAUGUGAGAUAUAUCGACGUUUCGAAGGAUACCAGCAUACGAAUCUUCUCUUGAUAGUUCCUUUUUCUUUCUGAUCGUGUUAAUUUUCAAUGAAAAAAAAAAAAAAAAAAAAAAAAAAAAUUUAUAUAUAUAUAUAUAUAUAUAUAUAUAUAUAUAUAUAUAUAUAUAUAUAUAUAUCCUAAAUGAGGUAAACGAUAUAUAAUUGAGGUUUUAUGAAAAGUGAAAUAAGUUUAAUUAAAAAAUCAUUUCCUUAAAUAGAAUGGAAUGCGUUUGAGCGUUUUACGUAAUAAGAUGAGUCGAGAUAGCGGUAAACGAGACGUUCGAGAAACGCGACGUCGACGAUAAGGACGUAGUAGUAUAACGUGACUCUACGUCAUCGGUAAAGCGGAUAUUAAUAUUAGAAAGUCGAUAACGGGGCGAACGGCCGACUGGACUUGUGAGAAAAAGAGAAAGAGAAAGAGAGUACAUAUGUAUGCGUGUGUUUUGCGUGUAUGCGUGCGUGUAUAUAUGUAUUAGACCUUGCGUCCUUCGAAACGUGGAUAUUACAUGUCGAUCUAACAAUAAGUAAAAAGAAUAAAAAAAAAAAAAAAGAUUGAAUGAACGAAACGAUUAAUUUGUAUCACAAGGGAUAAUAACCACUGAUCAAGAUAAUGAAUUACAGACAAAAACAUACAAAAACGAUCUAUCGCGCAUUCUAAGCUUCGAUAUAACACACACGUUAAUAUUAAUUAAUAUUUCGAGUUGAGAUUAUCUUACGACGUUGAUAAUUAUUUACGUAAAAACGCCAACAAAAUGUCCUAUUAUCAGUGCGUUAAACAAUGUUUAAGAAAUGUUCGUGAAUUAGAGAAAUUAUAAUAAUCGAUACGAUGUCAUGCGAUCGUAAGCCGUAACAACAACAACAAAAACAACAACAAGAACAACAAUAAGUACAGACUUAUUAUGGGAAUUGUUGAGAUUUAUUAAAGUAUAUAUAUAUAUAUAUACAUAUGUAUAUAUAUAUAUCAUAAUUAUUGUAGUGGAAUUGCAAGCUGUACCUAUCAAUGCGUUUGCGCUCGCUAUGUGUUUACGCGCGUAUACUGUGACGGCCGAAAAAAAAAAUAAUAAUAAUAAUGAUAAUGAUAAUGAUAAUGAUAAUGAUAAUAAUAAUAAUAAUAAUAUUAUUAUUAAUAAUAAAAAAAAAAAAAAAAAAAAACGAAAAAAGAGAGAUUAUAUAUUAAAGAAAGAAAAAAGGAAACCAAAAAAAAAAAAAAGCAAAGGAUAUUUUCAAAAGCUGUUAUUUAGAAAAGCGUAUACGUAUUUAGCUAAGAGCCAGUGACCUUUUGAUGCCGAAGAAAUCGCCAACGAUCAAUAUUAAAAUAUCUUUCUAUCGAAAAUCCAAAGAUAAUCUGUUUUUCUCUUUUUUUUCUUUUUCACUUUUUUUGUUUUUCUUUUUUUUUUUUUUUUGUUUUUUUUUUUUCAUUUAAACGACCCAAAAGAAAAUAGAUUUUCAUUUGAAUGAAUGCACGUUAUCAAAUCGACAAAUCGAAAUUCUCGAUCGUUCGUGAUUUCUCAUAUAUGAUUGUAUUUAUAUGCUUAUCGAUUGCGAGGAAAAAAAAAAAGAAAACAAAUAAAUUGAAUAAAAAUCGAGAGAAUCGUUUGAAAGAAGAGAAAAAAAAAAAGAAAAAAAAGAAAAAAAGAAACGCAAAAAUAUAUAGGAUGAAACGUAAAAGAUAAAAGAACGAAAAAAUGAAAAAAAAAGAAGAAGAAGAAGAAGAGGAGGAAGAAGGAUUCAGGUCAUGUAUAUUUAGCGAUUAUAGAUAAACAAAUACGAGAAGUGACAAAGGACAAAUCUGCUAAAUGUGCCAAAAAAAAAAAAAAAGGAAAAAAAAAACAAGAAAAAAAAUAGUAGCUUGCAAUUUAUCGCGGAAUGCUCAAUAUAUGUAUAUACAAGUUUAAUUACGGUAAUGAAUGACGAAGAUACGAAAGAAAGGGAGAGAGAGAGAGAGAUAGAGAGAGAGAGAGAGAGAGAGAGAGA